AUGCGUGGCCUCCUCGAGGUCCACGCGAUUGGCAGGGACGCCGCGUCGACGAGCUCAUCGAGACUGAAGGCCGUUCCCGCAUUGGACAUGAUGAGGUACCAAAGGCUCAGCCCGGACUGCCUCCCGCUCGCCAACGGUGGCGGCAGCGGCGGCGUCGCACGCAAGCCGGCCUCGAGAUCCUUCAGAGACGACGAAGGCCCGGCGGCCGCAACCGACGGUUCCCGACUGGCCUCGUACCUCGCCGCCUCCCAGGCGGACUCCAAGGCGCCGGUGCGGGCACGUGCGCCGCAGCCGCCGUCGUCGUCGGCCGCGCGGAGCCCAGCGCGGGACCACGGCCAGCACCACCCCUCAGACUCCUCCGACACGGCCUCCCCGAGCUCCACCGGCGCGGGCACAGGCGCGGUCGGCGGCGACGUGCUGCUGCAGUGGGGGCACAACAAGCGGUCCCGCUGCCGGCGCGACUCCUCCGCGGCGUCCUCGUCGGCGUCGCCGUCCUCGCAGCGUCGGCAGGCCCUGGGCAACGGCAAGAUCCAGCGGCGCGCGUCGGCGCCGGCGCCGGCGGAGAAGCUGAUGCCCCCUCCUCCGGCCACGAUCACGCGGGGGUCCAACCUGAGGUCCUCGUCGUCCUUCCCGCCGCGCGCCGCCGGAGCAGACGCCAACCACCAGCCUCCCCACCACAGCAGGUCCGUUGAGGAGCGAUCGGGCGGCGUGCACAAGCGGUCGUCGCCCGACAAGGCGCCGCACCACAAGCCCCCCGCCGCGGAGCAUCACAUGGAUUCCAAGAACGCCCACCACCACCACAACAACAACCACGACUCGCAGCUGGCGUCCGCCGCCAACGGCAACGGCACGGGCGCCGGCGAGAAGCUGGGCGGGGAGCGGCUGGAGCUUCCCCGGAUCUACAUCUCGCUGUCCCGCAAGGAGAAGGAGGACGACUUCCUGGUGAUGAAGGGCACCAAGCUGCCCCAGAGGCCCAAGAAGCGGGCCAAGAACGUGGACAAGUCGCUCCAAUUCGUGUUUCCAGGGAUGUGGCUCUCGGAUUUGACCAAGGGCCGGUAUGAGGUGCGAGAGAAGAAAUGUGUCAAGAAGAGGCGAAGAGGGCUGAAAGGGAUGGAGAGCAUGGACAGCGACUCGGAGUGA